CUGAAGUGGUGUGCCUGGAUCGCUGUUUACUGCUCCUUCAUCAGCUUCGCCAACUCCCGCAGCUCUGAGGACACCAAGCAGAUGAUGAGCAGCUUCAUGCUCUCCAUCUCAGCCGUGGUGAUGUCCUACCUGCAGAACCCCCAGCCCAUGUCCCCCCCCUGGUGA